AUGGACCAGGAUACAGAGUUACUUCAUCGCACUUCUAUGGUACCUUUACUGCCAGGAGACGCUCAGCUCCUUGAAACGACAUCCGCAUUCUCGUCAACGGCUCCCCUGACGCCAUCUCGCAGAUCAAGAUUCCCGAUCUCAACAGGUUUAGGCAUCACAGGCUGCGGUCUAGACAAUCCAUUUGAUAACAGGGGAUUUUCUGAUCAUCCGGCCUUUUUAAUGGGAUGCCCCGUGCCAGAUAGCCUUGCGCCAAUGGACCAAACGUACAGUGUGUCACAAAGAGCCGAUGGAUUCUCUGAAACAUCCUGCUGUGAAGUCUAUGCUCGUUUAUCGGAAACUACUCCGUCGCCGCUUAGCUACUACGAGCCCCGAGCUAUGAGCGCAUCCCCAAGUUAUAGCUCCCCUGUCGAGGCUGGAUUGCUACAACCACCAUUUCCCGGGAAUAGGACAGCUUAUUGGGCGGCGUCCCCCUGUCCAGGACCGACAACACCACUAGACAUUGCUCCAACUCCAAUCAGUCAACCGACAGGAACUACAUGGGGCGCGCAAUUCUCUUCCGAAAUCUCUGUCACAAAUACCGAGACAAUGCCGCUCGGAGGCUUGCCGGCCACUCAUACAUAUUGCGCUCCGAAGUUCAUUACGCCUGGUAGUGCAAACAGCCUCUCACGGGGUUCAUCUGACUCAAUGUCAAGACUAUCCGAGCUUCAAUACGGCUCGUCCGAUCGGGUUCUGGUCGAGCAUUCCUCGAAGACUCCCAAGAAAAAAACUCGCUCCGGCAAAGGUUAUACUUGCCGUAUCUGUGGAUACAAUUUUACACGACGAUCCAACUGCACAGAGCACGAGAAGAAGCAUGAUCCCAAUUUUAAGCGAUCAUUUCCUUGCAACGAAUGCCAAAAAUCAUUUGGCAGAAAUGCCGAUCUUAGGAGGCAUGUGGAUAAUGUGAGAAAACAGAGACCUGAGCUCUCCCGCAGGUCAAUGCUGAUGAGGAUCCAGGUCCAUCGUGGUAUUCGCAACCACGCGUGUAAUUGGUGUCGGCGUCGCUUCACAAGAUCGGAUAUGCUGACAAGGCAUUGGAGUGAAUGCGAUAAAUUCCCCGCCAGCCUCGAUGAAAAUUGGCAAUGCCGCGCCCCUUCCCAGGACGAUACAAAUCAUUGGUCGAUAUUCACACGAGCACAAGCCCCGCAACCCGAGUCCUCUAGUCCCAUUCAAUCAAGUCGUCAGUCUUUAUCAACUGGAUAUGGGUCGUGUUCUUCCCAGCUGUGA